UGGAGGCUUUAAAAGACUGCCAGUGAUUGGUGUUGACUUCACUCUUUAUCAGCAGCGGACACUGUCGGCACCAUGGAUCAGGAGGAUUCUGUGGUAAAAGGAAGCGUACUGAUCGUCCACCAGAUGGAAGAAGGAAGGCACCAGUAUGAAGUGGAAAAUGUUGUCAAGUACAAAAAAGCAAGUGGAGGAAAACCGUUUGUAAGAGGAGACAAACUGAUGCAGAUAAACGGCAUGGACCUGCAGAAUCUCACACCUGAGGAAUUGGCACAGACGUUAGCUGGGGGAAGUCCAAUGCUGACGGUACACAAGUCGAUCAAGAUGAAGCAGCCCAUUGAGCAGCCCAGCCCGACUGACGACAUUUUAUAUCCAGUAUCCAAGGAGGCCAUGCUUCUUAGUUUCAGCAUGGAAAUGAAGAGAGAGGGAGACCAGGAGGAGAGUGAGUGGAGCAAGGAGGGAGAAGGAAGGGAGGACGGAGGAAUAGAGGGGAAUGUUUGCCAACCUGAGGAUGAGGAGAACGGGCAGGAAACGGAUCUGCUCAUCAUUUCCAUGACGCAAACCAGCAUCGCUGUGGUGAAAGGGAGGGGAUGCGAAGAUGGUGGCACCUGUCAUGGAUGUCAUGGGGUGGGAUGUACCUUUAAAGACGUUGUGAUGGUGGCAGAAUCCAGCAUGGUGACACUUGUUCCAAGAGGAGGGGGCAGUUUCAGACAAGAAAAGAAAAAAAAUGUUUUAGUCGAAUGUGUGGCUUCCCAACAAUACCUCAGAGGCAUCUGUUCGCAGAAGACCCUCUAUGUUUCUCCGAACCCAGAGAGGAUCACCAUCUACUCCUACAAGUCGAAUAUCGUAUCUAGCAAAGGAAUACCAGUGGUCCUGAACUUAACGGAGUCUGACUGCUUCCUCAAGUGCAGCAAAAAUGGAUCAACGGUUCUCCUACAAGUGGAGACAUGUGAUAAGCAGAGGCUGAAGCGGAUCUCCCUGAGCGACGAGUGCACCCUCUCAUUUGUCUUCUACAUGAAAGGUGACGCGUCGCAACAUCGGAGGUUUGAGUCAGCGCUGCACCACGGCUGGUUCAUCCAGACAGCCAGCACAGACUCAGUGGAAAUGGCGACUAUGGAUGGACAUCAUGAAGAUCAAUCAUUCCUCUUUAUCAUUCGGACGUGAUGGAGAGUCACCAUCUUCAGGUGUAUUCCCACUUCUCAGUCAAAGCAGUUAAACCUUUAAAAUUGAGACAUGAAGGUUCAAGAUAUGAAACUAAAAACAUAAAAAACAUAAAGAGGAACUCUUGUUUGAGUGUCCAGUGACACAGAUUCUGUAUCACUGUGUCAAAUUCUGCUAUUGCAGAAGUGCGUAGAUAUGUAUCAUAUAACUAUAUCAAGGAUGUUUAAUGUCUUUGUGUGCAUGUGGUUAAGAUAUGUGAUAUAAUAGCAUUGUCACUUAAAGUGGUCUUAUAAGCAUGGGUGCUUUCUGGUAACAUGAAUACCUACAAAUUAUUUAAUAUCUUUAAGGGAUGUAACUUCCAUUAUUAUUGAAAUAAUGUAUUUCUAAAAAAACAAAAAAACAAAAAACAAGGUGAUGUAAUAAUUUUAUUUAUUUAAUACUUUCUAAAACAUGCAUUAUAAUGAGAUAUUGUGAUCAAAAUUACAUUUUUAAUUAUAUAAACUAUAAACAUGAGCAGAAACAUUUAAUGAACUGGCUAUGUGAUGUUUUAUAUAUAACACAAAGAUGAUGCUUAAACUGUAGUUCAGUUAUUUUUUAAAACACAUUUCAGUCUUAACUUUAUGCCUUUGAUAAUAAAAUAACAACAUGUAUCAAUGUCUUUCUACAAGUACUGUGUGAUUUUGAGAGAAAAGUAUUUUUUGACACCCAAAAUGUAUACACAUAUUUAAAUUAGUAGUAAAAUUAGCAGCAUUUAUAAACUGUGUGUUUUGCUCAGUAUUUUACAGUAAGUGAAUGUGUUUUUAAAUGCAACAUUUCAGUCAUAGACCUUUGUCAAUAA